AUGGCGUUCCGCGCACGCUCAAUCAAAGCUUUAAUACGCAACCGAGGUAACGGAACAGAGGGGCAGAGAGUCACAGCAGCAUCAGUGUCCGCCGGGAAUAAGCCCUGCACGCUGUCAACACGAUCUACACCACGACCAACGCAAGCAUCUCAUGGAGCCAGAGUUUCAGACGGAGCAGAUCCUGCAGACCACUGGAUAAAACGUGCGCUGAUUCACUUCUCUACAGUACCAUCUGUCGAGGUGCCGCCUGUCUUUUCUCCAACAGUCUCCUGGGGUUACGAUGGAGUGGAAAGCGUCACACAUCCCGUCUAUUUCUCCCAUAAAGCACGAGUAGUUUAUCGCCACCAGAUGGAUGGCAAUAUCAUUGAUGCCACCUGCUGACCUCUGGGCUCCUUUCCCAGAAUCCUCCGCCUUGUACCUGACUCUAGAGUCUAGCAAUCCUGAACAAUAGUGUAGGAGCCUGCUAGACUCUUGAACUAAACCUGUUGUAUUUAGUGAAGAUGUCACAGUGUUUUCUGUCAGGUCCGGCAUUCACCUGUUUUGUUCUUAUACUGUUGGAAUAUAAUGAAAUGUUUUUAUGUAGACAGAGUGAUGAAUGUCAGGGCUGGAUUUUGUAAGGAUAUGGUGUAUGUGUGUGUUUUGUUAUGAUUACCUGGUCCUGGAUGUAUGAUUUCCCUGUCACUUUUUUUUUAGAUGGAAACAAUUGUUUUUUCAGAAGUUUAUGAAUGUAUUCAGGUAAAAAAAUAAGGAUUUGUAUGAAUAACUGGAAUUAUAAUAGACCAUUUUUAGUAAUUAUAUAUUUUGGUUUCCUAAUGUCCAAUUAUGUUAAAAGCAGAUUGAGUCUGUAAUAAAAGAGUUUAUUGUUGUUUAA